ACAGACACAAGUUCAUCUGUGCAGGUUUUCGGGUUGUGUACGUUUCCUGAACAACAUAAACUUCGUUUUUCCCUUCAAACCUGUAAAGAUGAAGUUUAGAAGCUCGCUGAUGAUUACAGUGAUGCUGUUUAGGGUGUUUCUAUGCAAUGAAGAUUGUAUAAAGCAAAAGUGCAACGAUUGUACAAAGCAAAAGUGCAGCGAUUGUACAAAGCAAAAGUGCAGCGAUUGUAUAGAGCAAAGCUGCAGAGAUUGUAUAAAGCAAAAGUGCAGCGAUUGUGCAAAGUUAUUCUCCAAGAAAUGUAUAAAGAAAUUCUGCAGCGGUCCAAGUGACAAUCAAACCUCUCCAAUAGAAUACAUAAACUGUGCUGAUUGUGUGGACAAAUGCAAGGACUUUGGUGAAAGUGAUGACGUGUGCCUGGAUUUGUGUUCUGAUAUUUGCUCACCUUGUUCACUGAGUUCAGACUGUAAACGAAUUCUACUGAUUAAUGGAGGAUUUACUGGACAAAUACAAAGCACCUAUACAAACCAGACUUGUGUAAAUAAUAGUACUGACUCCAUUUGCAAGAAUAUGUUUAACGGAUCAUCACCAUUCAACAUUUCAACCUGCAUUUUAUCAUUUGAUACACAAAAUGGAACAAAUGGAGACUGCAGUUUCUUAGACAGUGGUGUGUGGUUAGUGAACAACACUGAAAACAACACCCUACAGAUCAACAUCACCAGGAACCGAACCAUUAGACCCCAAACCCCCAUCUGCUUCGUGAAAGGAGCUCAGAGCUGCCUGCAGAUAAAUGAUGCAUACAAUUGCACUCAAGCUAAAGGUGGACCUACUCCCUGUGAGAACAUGACCUGUGUGGAUCCCACAAAGAUUUGUGAGAGUGCUGUAUAUAUUCAGAACUGCAGCGGAAACGAUUCAAAUGAUGACAUCAUCAGUUUAACAGGAGUGUCUGCAGAGUGCCGCAAGUGUGGAAAUGCCUUUCACAAAACAGAAGGAAACGUAGUGAUUAAUUUUACGCUGCCUACAGACUCCAACAGUAAUUGCAGCUAUUUUGAAGAGAUGAAGACACUAAAUAAAAUGAUUUUAGAUGUGAUGGGGAAUAAAUCCUCAGUGUCCGUCUCUAUGAACGACAUUAAGGGUAUUUUUGUGAAACAGCAAAACAAGGAAGACUUUAAUCCCAUCUACUUUAUAUACUCCACAAAAGCCAACUUUAAUAUCAUUGAGGAUAAAACCCAGAUGCAGAAUUUUGAAAGGACGUUUUCUGUCCCGAAGGAGGCUUUCGAAAAAGCCAUGAAUAUAAGCAACGAGACACUUUUUGCAUCCUUGUUACGAUUUCCCAGUUUUCCAAAGGACUAUAAGAACAGCACGCUGCUAAAUAAUGAGGUUUACUCCAUCGACAUGGGAAAAGAAAUAGCAAAUCUCACCAACACCUUUAAUCUCACCUUCAGGGACAUUUCACCGAAUUCCGCAGAUCUUGUAUGCAACUCUUGGGAUGGACGAGGGGCAACUCCGAACUGGACGACUGAUGGAUGUAACACUUCUUAUAUUAAUGGCCAAGUAACCUGCUUAUGCCAGCACUUAACCUUCUUCGCCGUGUUGAUGACUCUUCCAAAUGCAAAUAUUUCAACCUCCGACCUCAAUAAUCUCACCUUCAUCACCUCCAUUGGCUGUGGCCUGUCCCUCUUCUUCCUCAGCGUAGCUCUGUUCAUGCACUUCAUUUUAAGGCGAGGCAAAGCCAGUGCUUCAGUGCACAUCCUCAUCAACCUGUUCGUGGCCCUGUUUCUGCUCAACCUCAGCUUCCUGGUUAAUGAGUCUGUAGCUAGAACAGGGGACAUGAUCGGCUGUAAGUUAAUGGCAGGGACGAUGCAUUACUUCAUGCUAUCCACUUUCACAUGGUUCGGACUGCAGGCACUGCAUCUGUGUUUACAGCUCACACAGAAUGUGGCCAGUAUCCAGAAUUACGUCACCAAAUUGUGCAUCGCCGGCUGGGUGCCUGCUGCCCUGGUGGUGACGGGCAUUUUCAUUUCUCAUAAAUAUGACUUGGAGUUUAUCGUCUCUGAUACAGGAAAAACAGUCUCAAUGUGCUGGAUCACUGAUCCAAACUUGCACUACGUAGUAAACAUUGGCUACUACUCUGCCAUCUUCCUCUUCACCUUCCUCACCUUCGUGGUGAUGCUGCGCUGGCUCUGGCUGCUCAGACGUAAAUCCCCCACCGUCACCAGUUCAGUAAAAAGAUCAAGACCCUCAGACGCUCUGACCAUCAUGGGCCUGUGCUGCAUUCUGGGACUGAGCUGGGGCUUUGCUUUCUUCGCCUACGGCCCAAUGCGAAUCCCUGCCUACUACAUCUUUUCCGUCCUCAACUCCUGUCAGGGUCUCUUCCUGUUUGUUUAUUAUUACAAGUCCAGUAGGCUGGUUGAUGAAGCUGAAACAUUGGAGACAGAAAGCAGCACCACCACGGUGGUGGAAAACCCAUACAACCCAUACUGCAAACCAAAAAUGUUCUAAAUCCACGAUCAGCGGACGAGGGUCAAAGCACAAUGCUCUGAAUUGAAAUACUGAAAUAUACUUAAUAUUGAAAUUAAGAUUUACUACGUUCACUAGUAUAGUGUCUUCUCUCUCUCACGAUCUCUAUGAUUUUAUUUUCAACAUGUAAGAUUAAUUAAUAAAUAAUAAACAUAGAAGUUUAUUUUUAAUAUUGUGUUUAUUUAUGUUCAUUUUCAUUACAUUUAUCUAAUCUUAUUUUUCGGUUGCUCUGUAGUGUUUGUGAGCUUACAAGGAAGUUUAGAAGAGAAUGAUUAAUGGUCAAUAAGACACAACAGUGGCUAUUGUUUAUAUUUCUCCACUUUAUUCCACAACUCAUGGUGUUCUAGCUAUGUACAGUAGUUUUAAUGAUGUUACCAACAUUUACUUUGUAUUUCCUUAUUGCAUAAAAUUAUAAUGUUAUUCCAUUAGUCUGUGUUUUAAUCUGGAUUUUUCUGUCAGAAUAAAGUCAAGUGAAAAAUG